CCAGGGUCGGCUAUGGGGAGGGUGGAGACUCCUGGGAGUCAGCUCACUCCUUAAAGGGUUCCCCCGCGGCCCACCGGUCCUCCCCAGGGCCCAGAGGAACACAGCUGCGGCCAGAGGAGCCGAGCGUCCGCUGACAUGCCCGAGGCUAAACCAGCGGCCAAAACGGCCCCGAAAGGCAAAGAUGAGGCCAAACCUGCUGCCGAAGAAACCUCUCCCAAGGAAACCCCCACAGAGGAGGCCCCCCCGCAGUCCCCCAAAGAAGCCCCAUCUGAGGAGCAGUCCCCCACUGCCGAGGAGCCCACGGGCGUUUUCCUGAAGAAGCCAGACUCUGUGUCUGUAGAGAAUGGAAAGGAUGUGUUGAUCGUGGCCAAGGUGAACGGGAAGGAGCUCCCAGGCAAACCGACCAUCAAGUGGUUCAAGGGGAAGUGGCUGGAGCUGGACAUCAAGAGCGGGGCCCGGUUCACCUUCAAGACCACCCAUGACUCCGCCAACAACGUGUACAACGUCGAACUGCACAUUUCGAAGGUGGUGCUGGCGGACCGUGGCGACUACCGCCUCGAGGUCAAAGCCAAGGACUUCUGCGACAGCUGUGGCUUCAACAUCGAUGUGGAGGCGACUCAGGACUCCGCGGGGCCGGUUCUAGAAGAAUUCAAGCGUUCGGGUGAAGGGAAGUCCGAAGACGCGGGCGAGCUGGAUUUCAGCGGCCUGCUGAAGAAGAGGGAGGUGGUUGAGCAGGAGAAGAAGAAGAAGAAGGACGACGAUGACCUGGGCAUCCCGCCUGAGAUUUGGGAGCUCCUGAAAGGGGCAAAGAAGAGCGAGUAUGAGAAGAUCGCCUUCCAGUACGGAAUCACUGACCUCCGGGGCAUGCUGAAGCGGCUCAAGAAGGCCAAGGUCGAGGUCAAGAAGAGUGAAGCCUUCACGAAGAAGCUGGACCCAGCCUACCAAGUGGACAGAGGCAACAAGAUCAAGUUGGUGGUGGAGAUCAGUGACCCAGACCUUCCCCUCAAGUGGUACAAGAACGGCCAGGAGAUCAAGCCGGGCAGCAAGUACGUGUUUGAGAACGUUGGUAAGAAGCGAAUUCUCACCAUCAACAAGUGCACGUUGGCGGACGAUGCCGCGUAUGAAGUCGCCGUCGGCGAUGAGAAGUGUUUCACGGAGCUCUUCGUCAAAGAACCUCCAGUGCUGAUUGUGACACCCCUUGAGGACCAGCAGGUGUUUGUGGGCGACCGGGUGGAAAUGGCCGUGGAGGUGUCGGAAGAAGGCGCCCAGGUCAUGUGGAUGAAGGACGGCGUGGAGAUGACGAAGGAGGACUCCUACAAGGCGCGGUACCGCUUCAAGAAAGACGGGAAGCGUCACAUUCUCAUCUUCUCAGAAGUGACCCUGGAAGAUGCGGGUCGGUUCAAGGUCAUGACCAACGGCGGCCAGUGCGAGGCUGAUCUCAUUGUGGAAGUGAAACAGCUGGAGGUCCUGCAGGACAUUGCGGAUCUGACAGUGAAGGCCUCGGACCAGGCCGUGUUCAAGUGCGAAGUGUCUGACGAAAAGGUGACGGGCAAGUGGUUCAAAAAUGGGGUCGAGGUGCGGCCCAGCAAGAGGAUCACCAUCUCCCACACGGGGAGGAUCCACAAGCUGGUGAUCAAUGACGUCCGCCCGGAGGACGAGGGGGACUACACGUUCGUGCCCGAUGGCUAUGCCCUGUCUCUCUCAGCCAAGCUCAACUUCCUGGAAAUCAAGGUGGAGUACGUCCCCAAGCAAGAGCCACCGAAGAUCCACCUGGACUGCUCGGGGAAAACCUCGGAAAACUCCAUCGUGGUCGUGGCUGGGAACAAGCUGAGGCUGGAUGUGGCCAUCACGGGGGAGCCCCCUCCUGUGGCCACCUGGCUGAAGGGGGACGAGGUGUUCUCGGCCAAGGAGGGCAGGAUGCGCAUCGAGCAGCGGGUGGAGUGCAGCAGCUUUGUGAUCGAGAGUGCGGAGCGGGCGGACGAGGGCCGCUACACCAUCAAGGUCGCCAACCCCGCUGGCGAGGACGUGGCCUCCAUCUUCGUGCGGGUUGUGGAUGUCCCAGACCCCCCGGAGGCGGUGCGGGUCACCUCAGUCGGAGAGGACUGGGCCAUCCUUGUCUGGGAGCCGCCCAAGUAUGAUGGGGGACAGCCAGUCACCGGGUACCUCCUGGAGCGGAAGAAGAAGGGCUCCCAGCGCUGGAUGAAGCUGAACUUCGAGGUCUUCACCGAGACGACCUACGAGUCCACCAGGAUGAUCGAGGGCGUCCUGUACGAGAUGCGGGUCUUCGCCGUCAAUGCCAUCGGGGUGUCGCAGCCCAGCCUCAACACCAAGCCCUUCAUGCCUAUCGCGCCCACAAGUGAACCCCGGCACCUGACAGUGGAGGACGUGACAGACACCACCACCACCCUCAAGUGGAGGCCCCCCGACAGGAUCGGGGCGGGCGGCAUCGACGGGUACCUGGUGGAGUACUGCCUGGAGGACUCCGAGGAGUGGAUCCCCGCAAACACGGAGCCCGUCGAGCGCUGUGGCUUCACCGUCAAGGAUCUUCCCACAGGAGCCAGAAUCAUUUUCCGGGUCGUUGGGGUCAACAUCGCGGGGCGCAGCCAGCCGGCCACUCUGGCUCAGCCGGUCACCAUCAGGGAGAUCGUGGAGCAACCCAAGAUCCGACUCCCUCGCCACCUGCGCCAGACUUUCAUCCGCAAAGUCGGGGAGCCCAUCAACCUCGUCAUCCCCUUCCAGGGAAAGCCGCGGCCCCAGGUGGUGUGGACGAAGGGCGGGGCGCCCGUGGACGCCUCCCGCGUGAACGUGCGCACCAGCGACACCGACACCGUGUUCUUCGUGCGCCAGGCGGCCCGCUCGGACUCGGGGGAGUACGAGCUGACCGUGCAGAUCGAGAACAUGAAGGACACGGCCACCCUCCGCAUCCGGGUCGUGGAGAAGGCAGGGCCCCCCGUGAACGUGACGGUGAAGGAGGUGUGGGGCACCAACGCGCUGGUGGAGUGGCAGCCCCCCAAAGACGACGGCAACAGUGAGGUCACCGGGUACUUCAUCCAGAAAGCCGACAAGAAGACCAUGGAAUGGUUCAACGUCUAUGAACACAACCGCCAAACCCACUGUACCGUGUCCGACCUCAUCGUGGGCAACGAGUACUUUUUCCGGGUUUUCAGUGAGAACAUCUGUGGGCUCAGCGAGUCCCCCGGCGUCUCCAAGGACCCGGCCCGGAUCCUCAAGACGGGGAUCAACUGGAAACCUCCGGAGUACAAGGAGCACGACUUCCGCAUGGCUCCCAAGUUCCUGACGCCGCUGCUGGACCGCGUGGUGGUGGCCGGCUACACUGCUGCUCUCAACUGCGCCGUCAGGGGCCACCCCAAGCCGAAGGUGGUCUGGAUGAAGAACAAGAUGGAAAUCAGGGAGGACCCCAAGUACCUGAUGACCAACUACCAGGGGAUCCUGACGCUGAACAUCCGCCGCCCGUCCCCCUUCGACGGGGGGACCUACACCUGCCGCGCGUUCAACGAGCUGGGGGAGGCGCUGGCCGAGUGCAAGCUGGAGGUCCGAGUGCCGCAGUGAGCUCCCCACCCCCGGAUCGCGCCUGCUGAGCCUGAGCGGAGCCCCCCCACCCCCCGACAGCGGCUCUUUGCAGGAGCUGUCACUGAGCCGAGAAGAUAACAAUCUUGUCUGGAGA